AUGACAUCUGUUAGUGAUUCAAAUAAUCAAUGGAGUUGUAGUUUUUUAUCAAGAGAUGAAUACAAUCAAUUCAUUGCAACGAAUCCGAUUGGUAUCAUAUUAAAAGCUGAAUUUAAAAUUAGGCAAUUAAAUCAAACCUUAGAAUCAAUUCAAGCCAAAUCUCAAGUUGAAGUUACAAAUUCUCAGCAAUUAUUUCAACAAUUAGAAAAAGAUUAUAUGGAUUCCAAAAAAGAUGUUGAGCAAUUAAAUAAACAAAAUAUUACAAUUAAAAAAGAUUUACAAUCAUUAAAAUUAUCAAUUGAAAGAGAAUCAAAAUCAAAUACAUUAAAUAGAUUUAUAGAUGAAUUACAACAAGAGAAAUCAAAUCUUCAUUCAAUAAUAGAAAGAAAAGAAAAAGAUUUAAAAGAAGAGACAGAAACAGUAUCAAAAUUAACCGAAAGAUUAAAUGAAUUUAUUAAAGAGAAAUCUGAUUUAAAAUCAAAAUUGAUCACUGUAGAGAAUGAAAAUUCAUCAAAUGAAUUCCAAAUUCAACGUUUAAAACAAGAAGUUAAUGAAUUAAGAAAACAAACAACAUUUUUAGAAGAUAGUCAAAAACAAACUACAAAUAAUUUAUUUAAUGAAAUUAAAGAAUUAAAAUCAUUUAAUUUAGAAUUAAAAUUAAAAAAUGAAAAUCAAGCAGAUGAAAUAUUAAAAUUGAAUCAAAUUAAUCAAAAUUUAAAGAAACAAACUAGUGAACUUGAAAAGAAAAAUCAACAAUUGAAUGAAGAGAUUAAAAAGAUUACAACGGAAAAGGUUCAAAUGACAAGUUCAUUCGAGACAGAAUUAAAUUCUCAAAAGAAUUUAGCAUCACUUUACCAAGAGAGAUCAGAGGAAUCUAGUAAAAAGGUGACAUUAUUACAAAAUAGAUUGGAUGCAUUAAAGGAAGCAGAUAAAAAACUUAGAAAGGAACAUGAAGAUGCAUAUCAUAAAAUGGAGGAAGCAUACGAUAUUUUAGAGGCAGACUAUCAAAAAGUGAUAAAGGAAUUUGAUGAAUUUAAACAACAUACCCAAGCCAACGCUCAAAAUCAAUCAUUCAAUGGCGUUGGUUCCUCAUCUGAUUUAUCACAAAUGGAUAUACCAAUACUUUCAGAUACUGUAAAGGAGAGAUUAUCAGAUGCAACCACAUUGGGUAGUCGUGAUGAAUUACGUAGGGAAUUAUUGGAUAUGAUUCAAAGAUAUGAUGAUCUCACAAAGAUUGCAUUGAAUGAAAAGAAAGAGAAACGUUACGUCCAAGAUCAUCUCUCACAUAUCUUGAGAGAGGUCGAAAAGAAGGCACCAUUAAUUCAUGAGCAAAAUCGUGAAUAUCAACGUCUCUUGAAGAGUCAAGAGAAACUCUUAAAUAGUUAUCAACAAUUACAAUCUCAAAAGGAAACAUUAUCAUUAAAAGUCACCACCAUAUCAUCAGAAAAUAAUAAAUUGAAACAAGAGAUAAACGAUCUUCAAAAACAAAUUAGAUGUUUAUUACAAGAAGCUUUGGAAAAGAAACAAUUACAAUCACAAUCACAAUUAAAUAAAUCACAAUUUAAUGGUCAGCAAUCAACAUUAUUUGGAAAUAGUGUAUUAAAUAAUUCAACCUCAACCUCAUCAGAUGAUUCAAUCAUACCAGAUUCAUUAAUUACUUUUACAAACAUUGAAGAACUUCAAUUAAGAAAUCAAGAUCUUCUUAGACAAAUUAGAAUCCUUUCUCAAGAUAUUCAAUCUCAUAAUGAAAAUGAUAAAAAACUUGAAAUGGCUUUGAAAGAAUUGGAUCAUCUUAAGACUGCAAGAGAACGUCAAGCUGAAAUGAUUCAAUCAUUAGUUAAACAAAGAGAUCAUUAUAAAAAUGUAAGUUCUCCAAAUUCUCAACCAAUUAAUCAAGUGGGUAAUAAUAACAACAAUAAUAGCAGUAGUGGUGGUAUGAUGACAUUAUCAGAUUUAUCAUCUUCAACAAAUGGUAUGUUAAAUGAUAGUAGUAUGAAUGGUAGUAUCAAUAAAAAUAAUAAUAAUAAUAAUAGUAUGAAUGAUAGUUUCAAUAAUAGUAUUAAAAAUAAUAAUAAUAAUAAUAAUAAUAAUAAUAAUAAUUCAUUAUUAUCAUCUUCAACAUUAAUUCAACAACAACAAUCAAAUGAAAUUUUAACACAAGAAUUAGAAAAGAUUAAACAAUCAUAUCAAUUACUUCAAAAAGAUUAUGAACAAGUUAUGAAGGAUAGAUCAAUUAGUGAUAAGGAAUUAUUAGGAAAGAUUGAACAAAUGAGAGAACAAAACACUUCAUUAAAGAUUCAAAUCUCACAAAUUCAAAGUGAAAAUACAAUCUUUAAGGAGAGAUUACAAAUUUCAACCGAUAGUGUUAAGAAUCAAUCACAAGAUUUGGAACAAUAUCGUAAAAAGAAUCAAGAAUUAAUGGAUGCCGUUGUUAGACAUCAACAAUCCAUUGAGAAUUUAAAUUCACAACUUUCACGUUCAGAGGAAUUUAAAUCACAAGCUGAACUACGUUUAUCAAAUAUUAAAGGUGAGAAUCAAUUAAUUCGUGCAUCUGAAGAACGUUUAAUUGAAAUGAACAAAACUUUAUCAUUGGAGAAACUUUCAAUUGAAAAUCUAUUGGAUAAAGUUAAUCAAUUGAAUGCCUCAAAAGAAUCCUCAGAGACAGAACUAAGAAGAAGAAUUGAGAAUGAUUUAACUCUUUUGGAAACUCAACGUAUUCAAUUAAAGAAAGAAUUGGAUCAAGAGAAACAACAACAUAAAGAAACCUCAAUAGCAAUGACUCAUCAAAUCAAUGAAUCUCGUGAACGUUUCGAAAAGAAAGAAAAAGAAUUAUCAGAUCUUAAAGAAUCUAUCAUUAAAUUAAAAGUUUCUGAACAAACUUUACUACAAAAGAUUACAUUUUUAGAAAAUCAAUUAAAUCAAUCAGAAUUAAGAUAUAAUACUAUAAUUGAAAGAACUCAAUCAAAUCAAUUAACAAUUUCACCAACUACUUCUUCUACUUUAUCAACUAAUAAUAAUAAUAAUAAUAAUCAACAACAAAAACUACAACAACAACAACAACAACAACAAGAUAAUUUAGAUUUAUCACUUGCUAAAUCUGAAAUUGAAAGUUUAAAGGAUUUAUUAGCACAAGAAAAAGAUAAUAUUGUUCAUUAUAAGAGUAUUGCAAUUUCAAAUGAAAAUGAUUUAUCACAAUUAAAAGAAGAAUAUACAAAAACAAAGGUAGAAUUAGAGGAAAGAUUAAAAGAUGCACAAGCAGAAUUAGCUAAAAGUCAAGAAACUAUUAAAGAACAACAAAUUAAAUUGGAGAAAUUAGAAAACUUCUCUUCAAGCCAUCAAAAGGAUAUUAAUUCAAUCAUUGCAGAGAAGGAUUCAAUUUUGGCUGAAAAACAACAACUCUAUGAAAAGAUUCAACAAUUGACAAAAGAUCAACAAUUGGCAUUGGAUGAAGCUAAAUUACAACAUCAACUUUGUAGAAAAGCAACUGAAAACUAUGAACGUGAGGUUGUGUUACAUGCUGAGGAUAUUAAAGUACUUCCAAAGCUUAGAGAUGAUUUGGUAGAAGCUAGAAAAACCAUUAACCAAAUGCAAAUAAAGAUUGAUUCAAACUCUCAAGAAUUGGAACAAGCCAAACAAUCUUGGAUUCAACAAGAGCAAUUGUUGAAACAACAAAUUCAAGAAUUGGAAGAACGUCUCAAGGAUCUUAAGCAUCAUAAUAAUUUAUUACAUAGUCAAAUUGAGAAUAUUAAUCAACAAACUCAACAAAUUGAUAGAUAUAGUCAAUUAUCAUCAUCAUCAAGUGUUGGUAAUGGUUUGGUUCAAGUUAGUGAGGAUGAAAUUAAUAAUCUCAAGGAAUUGGUUCAAGUUCAAGCAAGAGAACAAAAGAUCACCGAAGUUAAGAAUGAAUCAUUGCAACAAGAGAAUAUUCGUUUGAAAUCAACCAUCGCUGCCAAUCAAAAAGCAAUUGAAACCGUCACAAAGAAACUUCAAGAAGAACAAGAGAAUAUGCGUACUCUUACCGUUAGCACUAGAAAACAUCAAGAGGUGUUGGCUCAAUUAGAACAAAUGAAUCUAUUCAAAGAGAGUAAUAUCAUGUUAAAGGAUGAAACUAGAAAAUUGGGUGCUCAAGUUCAAGAAUUACAAGAGAAAUUAAAACAAUCUCAAGAUCAUCUCUUACCUCUAACCGAAUCCAAUAAGAAACUUUUAGCAGAGAAUCAAAUACUUCACAAUGAAAUCGAGGCCCAAAAGAUUGAAAUCACCAAUUGGUCUGGUAAAGUUCAGAAAUUAUUAAAUAAAUAUCAAUCCAUCGAUCCUGAAGUACAUCAAAAACUUUUGGAAACCAAUGAAACUACAAUUCGUGAGAAUCAAGAAUUAACACAACAAUUGGAGGAUUUGAAGAAACAAUUGGAGGACUUGAAGAAACAAUUGGAGGAUAACAAGAAACAAUAUGAAGACUUAAAGAAACAUACCAAACAUUGGAAAGAAGAAGCUGUAAAAUUCAAAAAAGAUAAAUUAGAAUUGGAUCAAUCGUUAACUCAACAAAAGGAAUUAUUUUCAACCACAAAACAACAAUUGGAUUCAAACACAGCAACCAAUGAACAAACUCUUAAAGAGAAUCAAGAAUUAAGAAAGAAAAUUCAAAUCGCCAACGCAAAUAAACAAGCCAAUAAACAACAAAUUCAACAACAACAGGCAAAUAAUGAAGAAAUUGAAGCAUUAAAGAAACAAUUAGAAGAUACUAGAAAAUUAGCUGAGGAUUAUAAGAAACUAGCUGAUGAUUAUAAAAAAUUAACUGAUGAAGCAAAAUCAAAAUUAAAAGUUUUUGAAUCAAUGAAAAAAGCUUCAGCUUUAAAUAAUGCCAAUAAUAUUAAUAAUAAUAAUAAUAAUACCACUCCAACUGUUGUUUCAACUCCAACUACUCCAACCACUACAAAUAUACUUGCACCACCUGUUACUCCAACCCCUAUAACUCCAACCACUACAACCUCAACUACAAUAAUACCAGCAACCGCCACUAAUAUAGCAACACCAAUCCCACCACCUGUACCAGUUGAACAACCAAAAAAACGUGUCAUAAAAAGGCAACCAACACCUGGAAUGUCUUCAUUUUUAAGUAAUAUGUCAAAUGUUGCAAAUACUACCACAACCACUACUCCAACUACUACCACUGUUACUUCACCUGCCAUUCCAACUACCCCAACCCCAGCAAUCUUUAAACAAACCCCUGUACUUUCACCACAAUCAAUCUCAACCACUGCCACCAUAACACCAACACCAAGUAUUUUCUCUUCACAACCAUCUAUAUUUGGUCAACAAUCAUCAUUAUUUACUCCAACUAUCGCUACUACCAGUACACCAACUCAAAUUACACCUGCAACCAAUACUGAAUCAGUUGGAACAACUUCAACCACUGAUAUUCAACCAGAAUCACCAAUACUUACAAAUGAUGAUUCAAAUAUAAUAGAUGAUGAUGAAAAUGCUGAAGAAUUGGAAGAAUCAGUACAUACAUCAAAGAAACAAAAGAUGGUUGAUGGUUCAACAACUGCAAUCACAAUCUCUGAUGAUGAAGGUGAGAUAGAUGAUUCUAAUGAUACCGAUAAGUUGGAUGAAGAAGGUGAAAUCGAUGAUUCAAUCAACCAAGAUGAUGAAAAUCAAAUGAUUGAUGAAAAUAAUAAUACCAACGAAAGUCAAUCAAUUUCAAGCUCACCAUCUUCAACUCCAAAUACUACUGCCUCAACUAUUGGAGGUGAAUCAACCACCACCACUACUAACAAUAAUAAUAAUAAUAAUAAUAAUAAUAAUAAUAAUAAUAAUAAUAAUAAUAAUAAUAAUAAUACCAAUACUACAAUUCCAACCACUCCAACUCCAAUUCCAACAACAACCACCGUCACGACACCAAACCAACCAAAGAAAAGAUUAAGAUUAAAAACUGCCCAAACACCAAUUCCAUCAAAUAUAUUACCACCAUCUUUAACUCCAACCACUAAAAUCACAAAAAGACCUCCAAUAAGAGUAAAACCUGAAGAUCAAACAACAACCUCAACACCUGACGAAACUGUCGACAAUAAUACUAACGACACAAUAACUCAAGAUAAUCAACCAUCGCAAGAAUAA